AUGCAGACGGGGAAGGAAGAAAUCUUCUGGGCUGUACCACGCCUUAGCAACGCAGACUGUAUCGGGCCUCUUGCCGAGGUGCCCCUAUCCCGAGGAGACUCUGGUCUUGACGGCAAUCAGUCAGGCAUGACAGAUAAAGAAGUUCACAUGUCACACCUGUAUGGAGACAAAACAGAUCAUAAGGAAUCCACCACGAUUGCUGAGGAACGUGAGGGUCAAGAUGCCGCUCAAGAACGUUCCAAGACUCCUUCACGCAUCUACGAAGAUACAGCAGAGAAAUCUUCCUGGCCAACAUCAGGUAUUUACGUCUGUGGAGCCUCUACGGACCCCGGAGUUUCGUCACGGCUCUACGGAAACUCAGAGGAAAUAAAAAAUUCUGCUGAGUCUGACGUGUACCACGGCGAAACCAUAUCUGGUCUUACUGCAAAACAAAAUGCAGGUACAAGUUCUAACGAUUCCUUGGCGAGGCAAGAAGAAAAUAACCAUCCUGCUGGUACCGAUGCUUUUGCGGAAGUUGUUACAACGGAAUUAAUAAAUCCGAUGUACACGCACAGCGUUACGCGAAGAGCAACAGAAGAAGAUUUCAAGAAAGAAAAGGACAUUCCUGGUACAGAUGGACUUGAUGAGAAACCACUUGGCAACCGAUGUGCAGUGGUAAAGAAGGGCAUGGAAAACCCUGCAUAUGGGAUCGGGGCUCUUGGAGCAGCAAGUCAAGGCACAAGUGAGACUGAGCAGGAAAAUCACUAUGAAAACAUGGACGAUCUGAGGACAGAUUUGAAAGAUGAAGAUACUAACAGCGAUCCAAUCAGAGAACGUCAAUCCUCAGUCAACGACGUGCCACAAGAUGCUAUGAAUGGAGAUACCGACAACGAGCGUUCCUAUUUUAGAAGGAUGUUCCUCACUACAUUUUCACGGAUGAUCUGUGUCCUCGUCAUCAUUGCCGUCAUUAUGGGUGUGGUGGCGUUGACAGUGGUCAUCAUCAAGACGAGAACCAUCUCAAAAACCCGGGAGGCGGUAUCCACUACAGAAUCUCUACAAACUUCGAGUCCACAUCAAACGAUGACGUUCACUGGUGAAGUGACUUCUUCUGCCACUACUGCCACUAGCAUUACUACAGCAUCUGUGAUUCUGACGGAGCCUCCAAGCACUCUGACAACAGAACAGAGUAUUUCCUGCUCACCAGGAAACUACAGCGAUUGUGCCGAGAUUUACGAAGGAGGGUGUAGAACUAGCGGUGUUUACCGCAUCAUCCUUCAGAACAUCACAACCGUGGAUGUAUACUGCUACAUGGAUACUGACGGAGGAGGCUGGACUGUCAUUCAGCGUCGGCUUGACGGGUCUGUUCCGUUUAACCGUACCUGGGAGGACUACAAACGUGGUUUUGGCAACAAGACCGGUGAACACUGGCUGGGAAAUGACUACCUCCAUCUACUGACGUACCAGAAGAACUACAGCCUUCGGGUUGAUGCGAUACCAAGGGGAAUAUAUUACCCAUCGACUUGCAGCCAUGGUUACUUUAGGGUAUCAGAUGAAAACAAUAACUUCAAACUGGAUUUAGGUCCAACCGAGGGAAUAGGCAUCAUUUGUGAUCAGAUGAUUUCCAUUCAUUCAGGGUGUCCGUUCAGUACUGUGGACAAGAACAACAAUGGUAUCAACAAACAUUCUAGAGCUCUCAGCUGUGCUAAGCGCUAUGGAGGUGGCUGGUGGUACAAGUAUGUGUCGUGUGGUCACAUGACAGGUUUUAACCAACAGUGGAACUUCUGUUCGUUUAAGAGCUGUAGAAAGUUUAAGGUAAAUCCGAAAUCUAUGAUGCUGAUGGCAAUCCUGUCUGGAAAAUGA